AUGCCCUACGCAUUCCAAAACGUAAUCCGCAAGCAAUACACACCCGUCCCCGUGCCUCACGGCUUCAUCCCCAGCACUGGCACACCAAAACCACAUAUCCUUUGGGUCGGAUGCAGCGAUAGUUUGAUCCUUGAGACGGAGACGCUGGGUGUGUUGCCGGAUGAGAUAUUCGUGCAUCGGAAUCUAGGAAAUAUCUUAAGUAAUGGAGAUUUGAGCAGUGAGAGUGCGGUGGACUGGUGUGUAGGAUUGUUGAAGGUUGAUCAUAUUGUUAUCUGUGGACAUUAUGAUUGUGCUCUGAUUGACAAGGGAGAUGGUAGUGAGCUGGGAGGAUGGCACAAGAACGUUACGAAACUGCAUCACAUGAACGAAGACCACCUCGAGAGAGUCAAGUCCAGAUUAGACGACUACUGCCGCCAUCGACGACUGGAGGAAGUAUAUGUCCUGGCGGAAGUGGGAUGGUUGAAGAGGCAGGAGAUUGUGAAGAAGGCUAUUGAGGAGAGAGGGUUGCAAAUACAUGCUUUUGUGUAUGAUAAGGCCAAGAAUGCUUGUGUCCGAUUGGUGGAGGAGCAGGAGGAGAAUUGA